AUGGGCAGACUCACUUACAUUAAUGUCAAACGGAUUCCACCAAGUGCUGGGUCAAAGGCGGCUUUCAGAGACCCAGUUGUCGAGCUUGAUGUCUCUGGAAAAGGCUUGACUGAUGAAGGUUUUGCUGAAGUAGCGUCGGCAUUAGUAGAGUCCCUGAACUAUGACGGCGACCAAGGCAGAAUAGUCCGGCUGGAGGAGCUUUGCUUGACAAACAAUCGGCUGAGUGCCACGUCACUCCAGGCUCUAUCCCCCAUUAUCAGAUUGGCAAGCAACGACCUAAGAGACUUGGACCUUUCUGGAAACAGCAUCACCAUCAACACAGAAGCCGAGGUUGCGAUUUGGGAAGAUUUUCUAAUGUCUUUCAGCUCUUGCUGCCUUCUUCGGAGAAUAGACCUCAGCCGCAAUGCAUGGGGGCCUAGGGUUUUCGAGGUGAUGAUUAGAGUCUACGCAAAGCAAGAGGCCGUGGAUCUAGUGCUCCCUGCAGACCUUGAGCAAAUUCAGAGUAAAGAACGAAGAACGUCUACGGAUAUUGCUGGGCUUGGGCGAGGAAUGAGAAGAAUGCGUGUUGUCUCGGAUCCAGACGAUUGGGGAAGCGACGAGGACAACAGCCCAAAGUCUGACGGACAUAAAGGCUCUAGACAUGGUUCGAAAUUCCCCCAAAAGGCUGGUCUUCCUCCUUCCCAACUAGAAUCGCCACUCACAUACGCUACCACUCGGGGACUCAGAUCUGUCCCCUAUAUUGUGCUGUCUAACAGCGAAAUGACAGAAGCUGGCGCAUUGCACCUUUCUUACAUACUUGCAAUUCACCACGUCCCUAAAAGACUCCUGACUCGAGUCCCUCACGCAAAGGCUGGUGCUUCCGCACAGCAGUUAUUAUCUUACGAUCAGUCACAAUGUCGAGGCAUCAUCUAUCUCCCAAAUCCACUACUUGGCAGUGCAGGUCACAAAGUGUUAGAGCUUGCGGAAGUAAUGCGGGAUGGCUAUUUAGACUGUUUGGCGGACGAUUCCCCUGAGUUCCCCAAGACUCCAAUCAUGUCCACCAACAUGUUGAAACGGGCAUCUGGGUCUCACCCCGGACUCGGGGCUGGUGCAUACGACAGACGAUGUCGUAAUACUGCCUCAACAGGGCUUUCUGACCAAGCAGGACAGGAUGGUCUUAUGGGAAGCGAGCUUGAUAGAGCGAGAAGUAGGAUACAAGGGACCACGCUGCAACACGCUGGACCCCAAAGCAACGAUCUCUGGCGAGCAGCGUUUAAGAUGCUUUCUUUGGGCCGGGAAAUCCGGCCACAGACGAGAAACGAACCACUGCCUCGACCACCGGCGCCGAAAACUAAGACUCCAAUCGUCAGGACACUCAAAGUCCCCGGGAUUACUCCCAAGACACUCAAACCGUUGACGCCGCUGACAUUACAACGGGAUCCUAACCAGCUAAUCACACCCUGGACUACACAAUUCCCCAAGAAGAGCGGCUGUCUUCCCUCUACACCAAUUGUCAUUCCACUAACUCCAUUGACUCCCAGGCUUCCGGUCGUCUCGGCCCCGCUACUUACGGAGACAGCAAUUUAUCGCACAAAGCUUCCCUGUGGGCUUCCGGAGUAUAUUUGGAGACGGAUCCUUGGGCUGGCUGCGGGAGCUGAAGGUAUCAUGAGUGUAUCUCAGCAGCAAUCUGUACUAAAAUGGGCAAUGGAUAGAAAGACACUGAGACAGGAGAGUGAGUCACUAGGGCUUAGAACGAGCGCUCAAUGCUGGAAGAUUCUUGAAGCCACAGGAUGUUUGGCGUAUGAAAUGGACAAGCCUUGA